AUGACAGCAACACAUCUUCCAGCAGAUUGUCUUGAUAUGAUCUUUAAAAAUCUUGAAAUGGAUAGGAAUUCAUUAUAUUCAAGUAUUCUGGUUAAUAAAUCUUGGUGUCAAUCCGCCAUUCAAAUAUUAUGGAAUCGUAAUUCCAUUUCUCAAGAAGAUUAUCAAUUAAUUAAUUUAUCUUCUAAUUUAUCCAAUUUAUCUCAUUCUUGUCUAUUCAAUUAUCCAUCAUUUUUACGUUAUUUGAAUGCCAAUAAUCUUACAUCCGCAAUUUGGGAUUUUACUGAAAUAUUUGAUAUUCAUAUAAAAUUAAGAAUGAAUGUAGAAAGAUUGAUAUAUGGAUUAAUAGCUAGAACAAAUGGAUUAAAAUUACUUUGUGUUUCAUCACCUGAACAAUACAAAGAACUUCAAUGUCGUGGAUAUACUUUUAAUUUAGAAUUUAUCAAUUUUCUCACUUCAUCAAAUAUUUCAUUAAAUAAUUUACAAUGUAUAGAGAUUAGAGAUCAUGAAAGAGGAGAUAAAGAAUUACAAGAAGAAUUAAUUGAUGGAUUAUGUAAAUUAAUUAAAUUUCAAAAAUGUUUAAAAAUAUUUAGAAUUGAACAAUGCAAAUUUGGAUUAGAUAAAAUAAUCAAUACAUUGGAGGAAUAUCAAUUUAGAAAUUUAAUUAAUGUCACAUUCACUUUAUGUCAUUUUGAUAAUUGUAAUAGUUUAAAAGGAUUAAGUGAAUGUGAAGUAUUAAAUAAUAUUCAUUUUGAGAAUUGUAGUGGAUUAAGAAUUCAAUUAGUUGAAACUUUGGGUAAAAAUAUAUUCAAAGUCAUUUAUAGUCAAGUUACCGCCACCAAUUGUUUACUUUGA